UGAUACGAGGUAUAGUGCAGUAACAGGAGCAGUUUGUUAAAUCAGCAGUUUUUAAACCUCAGUUUGGAGCUCAGGAGGGCAAACUCUUACAUACCUUUUUGUGUAACAGGAAGAAGUACUGAUCCAGCAGGAUGAUUUGGAUACUCCAGUUCUUGUUUUCACCACUUCCAACUCCAGCUUUGAUUGGUCUUGUUACUUUUGGAGCAAGUGUCUUCUUGUGGGUGAUAAGCAAACCCAAACCAGUUGAACCCCCUGUUCCCUUGAACAAGCAGUCUGUUGGCACAGAGGGAGGAGCUAGGAGGAGUGCACUCAUACCUGAUGUCAAGCUGCUUUCAUAUUACUAUGAGGAUGCAAAAACUCUAUAUGAAUGUUUCCGAAGAGGACGGUAUGUGUCAGAAAAUGGUCCUUGCUUAGGAUACAGAAAGCCAAAACAACCUUAUCAGUGGUUAUCUUACCAACAGGUUUUGGAUAGAGCUGAAUACCUGGGUUCAGGUCUUCUGCACAGAGGACAUAGACCAUCAUCUGACCAAUUUAUUGGCAUCUUUGCUCAAAAUAGACCAGAGUGGAUAAUCUCUGAGCUUGCCUGCUACACUUAUUCGAUGGUUGCUGUUCCUCUCUAUGAUACACUAGGACCGGAAUCCAUUGUAUACAUUGUUAAUAAAGCUGAUAUCUCUACCGUGAUCUGUGACAAGCCUGACAAGGCCCAGGUACUACUCGAGAACUGUGAACAAGGGAAGACUCCAGGACUGAAGACUAUUGUUUUGAUGGAUCCAUUCGAUAACAAGCUAAAGGAAAGGGGAGCUGCCAUAGGAGUUGAACUACUUUCAUUAAAAGAAGUUGAGGCAUUGGGCAAAAACAACUUAAGAAGACCAGUUCCUCCCAAACCAGAGGACUUGAGUGUUAUCUGUUUCACCAGUGGAACUACUGGUAAUCCUAAAGGAGCCAUGCUAACACAUGAGAAUGUUGUCGCUGAUGCAGCAGCCUACCUAAAGAGCUUAGAGAUGACAACUCCUUGUCAAACAUCUGAUUGUUCUGUCUCAUACCUUCCUUUGGCUCACAUGUUUGAAAGAGUAGUGCAGACUGUAAUAUACAGCAGUGGAGCAAGAGUAGGGUUCUUCCAAGGAGAUAUUAGACUUCUAACAGAUGACAUGAAAGCACUGAAGCCCACACUGUUUCCAGUAGUGCCAAGACUGCUCAACAGGAUCUAUGACAAGAUACAAAGUGGUGCUCAAACAACAUUCAAACGUCUUCUUCUAAAUAUGGCUGUGGCAAGGAAACAUGCUGAAGUGAAGCAAGGCAUUCUCCGAAACACAAGUAUUUGGGACAAGCUAGUAUUCAAGAAAAUUCAAGACGUCAUGGGUGGGAAAGUGCGCAUAGUAGUAACUGGAGCUGCCCCGAUAUCUCCAUCGGUCUUGAAAUUUCUCAGGUCAGCUUUUGGAUGUCAGAUUUUUGAAGCAUAUGGUCAAACAGAAUGCACUGCUGGUUGCACUUUCUCAUUACCAGGAGACUGGACAACAGACCAUGUUGGGCCACCAUUAGCCUGCAACCUCAUAAAACUUGAAGAUGUUCCUGAAAUGAACUACUUUGCAGCUAACAAUGAAGGGGAGAUUUGCAUUAAGGGACCAAAUGUAUUCAAGGGUUACCUAAAAGAUCCAGAGAAAACAGCAGAAGCCAUUGAUAAGGAUGGUUGGCUUCACACUGGAGACAUAGGAAAAUGGAUUCCGAGUGGAGCCUUGAAGAUCAUUGAUAGAAAAAAGAAUAUCUUCAAACUUGCGCAAGGAGAGUAUAUUGCACCGGAGAAGAUAGAAAACAUCUACAUCAGAAGUGCUCCUGUAGCACAGAUCUUUGUGCAUGGGGAAAGUUUACAGUCUUUCUUGGUUGGUAUAGUGGUUCCUGACCCAGAGACUCUUCCAAAAUUUGCAGCAAAGUUGGGCGUGAAGGGUUCAUAUGAAGAACUCUGUAAAAAUGCAGUGGUGAGAAAAGCUAUUGUGGAAGACAUGAUCAAGCUAGGAAAAGAAGCUGGCCUCAAGUCAUUUGAGCAAGUAAAGGAUAUCUACCUUUAUCCAGAAAUGUUUACAGUUGAAAAUGGACUCUUGACCCCAACACUAAAAGCAAAGAGAGCAGAGGUAUCAAAAUUCUUCAGGAGCCAAAUUGAUGCCCUCUACACUUCUAAUAUAUAAAGAAGCAAAGGCUAGCUUGGAUAUAAAAGCUUACAAUGUGGACUACAAAAGCACACUCCAGGAAACUAAAUAGUCUUACAUCCUUGAUGAUCUGCUGUCUUUAAAAGAAAUGCCACAUAGUUCACGAAGUAGAAAGUUGUGGUGAGUUGUUUGUGUAACCUGCUGUCUUGUGAUGGCCAAAGCAAUUGGAGAAGCUGUCUGGUUUUCUCAGAAAUGACUAAUCUGGUUUCAUAUUGAUUAUAUAAUCAAAAUGAAAAAACCUUGAUGGUAUACUUGAAUGUGACUAUUCUUAUGGAUAAAACAGCUGCAUGGAAAAUAUCUGUCUGGAAGGAAGAACUUUGUGGUAGGUGUAGAGAUCAAAACGAGGCAUUGGCAUGUCUUGACUCUGGGGAUAGUAUACGUGGUCUAAUCCUUCUUGAAUGCCUCUACAAUACUGGGGGAUGGAAAUUUGGUCUGUAAGUAUUUGUUUAACAUUGUAUUUACUUACUCAUGCCAGCUGUAUAUAAUAUACUUGCAGGGCAAAGCCAUGAACCUUAAGACUCUUAAAUGUAAAGGCAGCCAAAAAUGUACCUACCUCUUCUAGUUGGGAAAUUCUUAUUUCUUCUAAAGCCUAAAGUAAUUGUAUUCCUGCAAGAUGACUUGAAUAUGUGAGAAAUAAAAAAUACGGCACUGUCA